CAAUCUAAGAUAGCAUAACAACAAUCCUUCUUCUCUAAUUAACUAACUCAUCAACUUCCUCAACAAAAAACAUGUAUGCUUCUACUUCCUUUACUUCACAGCUCUUCCAUGAGCUUCUUGUGGAUUCUCACACAAGAAGGCUACUCUUCCAAAACCCUGCUGAUCAUCGAUCACUGACCAACUCUCCUAUUCUAACAAACAACCAUAAUUCUACAAACUCAUAUUUCGGAAUUCGUCAAUUUGAUUCAAAUGUUGUAAUGAUACUUGCAGUCCUACUGUGUGCUCUUGUUUGCUCUCUUGCAUUAAACUCCAUCAUAAGAUGUGCCUUGAGGUUUUCAAUCAACAACCAAGCUUCUUCGAGUUCAAGUAACAACGCUUCACAACAAUUGGCCAACAAAGGAAUAAAGAAGAAGGCUCUCAAAACAUUCCCAACAGUGAGUUAUUCAACUGACUUGAAAUUACCAGGUUUGGAUAGGGAGUGUGUUAUAUGUCUCUCAGAGUUUGCAAAGGGUGAAAAGGUGCGGAUUUUGCCUAAAUGCAACCAUGGUUUUCAUGUUCGCUGCAUUGACAAAUGGCUAAAGGAACACUCAUCAUGUCCCAAGUGCAGACAAUGUCUUCUUCAAACAUGUCGAAAGAUUGUUGGAUUAGAAGCACAACCUGUAUUGCCGGUGCCAGAAACUAUUAUAAGAAUUCAACCACUAGAACAUGAAGCUGUUGAACGUAACUAUAGAGAAGAAAGCAGAUAAAUGAUAAUUAUAGUUUGAAGCUUUUAGUUUCUUUAGGUUCACCCCAAAUCUAAAUAUAAAUUUGUUAAAAUUUCGAGUACAGUUUUUUUUCUCCCACAUUUUUUUAGUAAAUAGUUAAUUUGAAACAUAGUUAAUUGAAACAGAUAUAAUAAAACCUUCAAAAUAAAUAUUUAAAUAGAUAAUAUAAAGGUAAUAACUUCUCUAUCCAUUAUUUUAUUUUAUUAUAUUAAUUUUGUUCUCAAUUAUGCCACUCGUGAAUUUGGAUAAAAUUUUAUAAUAAGAACACUUAGUGUUCAUUCGAGAAUCAGAAUAGUUGGUGUAGAUCUUUGACGCGGUGGUGCGGGUUGCUUUAGUGCGGUGAUGCGGGAUGGACCUACAAGACUAACACUCUAAUGUUUAAGUUAGUUUUUUUUUUAAUGAAAAUGGGAUAAAGUGAAUUAUGUAUUGAAUCAUACCUCUCUUUUGUUGUUCAUGCAUUGAUGAUAUAUAUGUGUGGUUGACAAUUGGGCCUUUCUCGUAUUGGGCAUAUAGGUUAGUCCAGAACAGUUGCCCCCCAAGACUUGUUAUUAUGUGGUGCAUGAGAAGCCUUCCGAUGAGUUGGGUUGAGGAGAAAUAUUCGCUCUAGGAAACCUUUCCAAUGAAAAAGAGCAAUGGAGGAACAAAUGGGAAGUUGUUGUGUCCAACCGAACUUCUCUUCAAGAAAAGGUGGAUAAAAUUUAAGAUGAGUUGAAGAAGUCAGGAAAGGAGAUGGAGAGAUUCCAGAAUGAGGCAUGGAAGUUAGCUGACCUCAAAAAGGAGGUGGAUGCCCACGAUACCCCGUCAAAUUUGGCUACCAAGGGGACUAGCCUGCAAAGGUGUAUGGACGACAAAGAGAAUGCCCUAUAAAAGGUCAAGUCCAUUGAGGUGGAGUUGUCCUCCCAAGUUAUUGCAGCCUAGGAAGUCUUUGAGAGGUUGAGGGAAUCUCACAAGGAGCAUGUGCAAAAGCUAAAGAAUGAGGGUGAUAACGUCAUUGAUAAAGGUAUCAAGGGAUUCAUGCUUUCUAGAGAGCCUCCCACUAAAUUGAGGUUCUUUGUCUAUACGUUGAAAUUCCUCAAGAGAAGAUUGGCUUCAAGAAGAAGGUCGUUGACGGAGAGAUUGUUUGUGAUCAUGAGGAGGCGAAAGAGGAUGAAGAUCCUAUAGAAGAGGCAUAAUGAUUUUGUAGUCUUUACUGCCGCUAUGG